AUGGCAAACGCACUAACAAAAUUUCAGCUUUUUCGCCGUAAGCGCUCCUUUUGCUUUAUUUUGCCUUUUCUAGCGUUCACGCAAGAACAUUUCGUGGGAGAUAGCCAAGAUCUACGACACGCCUCCAAAUUCUCUUCCUCAAAUUGUCAGAGGUUUAAAAUGGAAGGUAUUGUGGUUAGGAGAGUUAUUCCUUCAGAUAACAGCUGCCUCUUUAAUGCGGUCGGUUAUGUCAUGGAUCACGACAGAAACAAGGCUUCUGAGCUGAGACAGGUAAUAGCAGCAACAGUCGCUAGUGAUCCAGAAAAGUAUUGUGAGGCAUUCCUUGGAUUGACUAAUGAUGAGUACUGUGCCUGGAUUCUUAAUCCAGACAAGUGGGGAGGUGCUAUUGAACUUGCAAUAUUGUCCGAAUAUUAUGGACGUGAAAUUGCAGCAUAUGAUAUACAAACCACGAGAUGUGUUUUGUAUGGGCAGGGAAAUAACUUUGAAGAAAGAGUGAUGUUGAUAUAUGAUGGGAUCCAUUAUGAUGCUUUAGCUAUGUCGCCCUUCGAAGGAGCUCCAGAGGAGUUCGAUCAGACGGUAUUUGCUGUGCGCACUGUGGGCCCAGUUGAAGACCUUGCCCUUCAUCUCGUUAAAGAUCAGCACAGGAAGCGGAGCUUCACGGACACUGCCAACUUCACCCUGCGAUGCGCCGUUUGCCAAAUAGGAGUCGUGGGACAAAAGGAAGCAGUGGAGCAUGCCCAAGCGACAGGCCAUGCCAACUUUCAGGAAUUCAGAUGA